AUGAAUCAAGAUAGAAUAGAAAUUUAUACGCAACCAGAAGAGAAUACUACAUCUAAAGAUCAAGAUUUAAAUAAAUCAAUUAAAAAUAAAUUGGAAAAUUUAAUUGAAAAUCAUCCCAGAAUACCUGAACUGGAUGAAAAAGAUAUAAAUGAAUCAAAGAAAGAAACUACAUCAAAUAAAUCAAAAGAAUUAUUUAAAAAGGCAAAAGAAUUUAUCGAACACGCUAGUGGUACAAGUUCAGAAGAAGAACAAGAAGAACAAGAAGAAAAUAAACCAAUUUUAGAUCAUGAUGGUUUAGAAAUUCCUCAAGGUAAAAUACCCGUUGAUUCACAAUUUUCAACUCCGGAAUUAAUUAAAUUAGUUGAAGUUGCUAAAGAUCAAGGUAUAAUAAAAGAAGAAAUUGAUGUUAAAGUUUUGGAACAUGGUGAAUUAGGUGAUAGAAUAAGAGUAGCUGAUCCAAGAGAAAAGCCAAAUGAAACAAAAGAAGAUAAAGAUGAGCAGUAG